GGAACUACAAUUCGCGACAGUCUGAACACGGAAUCCACUGAAAUGGCGGACCACGGCGAAGAUGCAGAAAGUGAAGAUGAACUGUAUGAGGUGGUGGACAUUGCAGGCUAUGCCCGUCGUCAUCAGUGGUGGAGCAGAGUUUUUGGGAGUAACACAGGACCCAUUGCCGAGAAAUACUCAGUGACCACACAGAUCAUGAUGGGAGGAGCAGCUGGCUGGUGUGCAGGGUAUCUUUUUCAGAGAGUUGGGAAGAUUGCAGCCACUGCCGUUGGUGGAGGAUUUCUGUUGUUACAGAUUGCCAAUCAUAGUGGAUACGUACAAGUUGACUGGAAGAAAGUUGAGAAAGAUGUAAAUAAGGCAAAAAAGCAUCUGAAGAAGAAUGCUAACAAAGCUACACCUGAACUCAGUUCUUUCAUUGAAGAGUCUACAGAUUUUGUGAAGAGAAACAUUGUUGUCUCAGGUGGAUUUGUUGGAGGAUUUUUACUGGGCUUGGCAUCCUGAUUCAGUCAAGGACCUGUUUUAGUCUUUGGGCACCCAGAUGAUGUUGUUUCCCUGCCACUACUGUGAAUUGUUCAUAUUACACAGGACUGCACUGAAAAGUGGGGUGUUUGUGAAGCCACAAUGCCAGUUAAAAAGCCAAUAUUGGGUGUUACUGCAGCAGCGGUAUGCAGUGUGCUGAAACAUGGUCCUCUUGAUAUUUUACCACUACAGCCAGUCAAUCAAGAAAGACUUACACAACACAGAAGAACACAAUUUUGUUUUUAUUUACAGAAAACAAUUGGCUUAUUGCAUCAUGAUUCAUAUAAGCCCAUAUGACGUCACAUCAUGUUGGCUAGAAGACAUUCCAUUUUUGUUCUCAUGUAAAGUACUG